AUGCGGGCUUUACCUUUUGUGGAGAAGACAGGACUAACCGUUACGCGCAGACAUAUGGACGCUCUUAAUACCUUCCAACAACUGGAAAUUGUCAAGUGGCUCUUUGUCGAGGAGAUAGUCUACUACUCCGUACAUUGGGUUAUGAAAUCGGCCUUUCUCUUCUUUUACCUCCGGCUUGCGCGCGAGAGUGCCGAGUUUAGCUAUGCUGUCUACGCUGGCCUUGGUCUCAACACAAUCAACAUUGGCCUAGACAUGUACAUCCUCCUUCUCCCCAUCGCCAUGCUCUGGAACUGCCAAAUCAGCUUCCGCAAAAAGAUCGCCGUCCUCAGCGUCCUCACCUUCGGCAGCAUAUCCGUCAUCAUCGCCACCUUCCGCCUCAUUCCACUCCUCGAAUUGGGAUCUCAAUCUGACGAACCCAUUGACACAUCCUGGGUUCUCGGCAAAAUGAUCAUAAUCGCCGCCCUCGAAACGCAAUUCGCCAUUGUCGCCGUCAACCUCCCUUCUCUCAAGAAACUCUGCACCAACUUCACCGGCGAAGAGAGUCUCGUUGAGGAACCGCAAAACUUGAGGUGGAAAGCGAAGAAAUUGACUUCGCAAUGCAGCGACGACUCUGACGACGACGAAUUCUACGUCUCGGGUGGAAACGGACGCGGAUACCAUUGGCGCAAGAGCAAGGCUAGCUCGCAUACCAGUUUCCGGACAAGCAUCGCACCCAGUUUUGCCACGGAUGAGGAAUCGCUUCAGGCUAGUGUUGCUGUUGCGCUUCCGGUGCUGUGGGUCAAGAGUAAUGUUCAGACGGUGAGGGGGACACUUUCUGAGGACGUAUGGCAGGCCGGAGUCGAGGCGGCCAGAGAGUAG